AUCUACUGAUUGAUUUGAUUGAUUGUGUUGUGUGAGUCAGUGUGAGUGAUAAUUUCCUGGUUUUCUAUUCUAUUUUAUUUGUGCGAAUUUACAUUUUGUUUCUAUAAUCAACUGUAUAAUGAAUAAUGCACCGCAAUUUUCUCUGCGUUGGAAUAACUACGUUACCCACGUAACAGAAGCAUUCAAUACACUACGAUUUGAAAAUGAUUUGGUUGAUGUCACUUUGUACUGCGAUGGUGGUAAAAUUAAGGCCCACAAAAUGCUGCUAUCCGCUUGCAGUAGCUACUUUAAACAGAUUUUCAAAGAGAAUCCUUGUCAGCAUCCUGUGGUAAUUUUCAGGAACUUCAAGUAUGAAGACUUGAAUGCUAUCAUUAAUUUUAUGUAUCAUGGUGAAGUAAAUAUCUUCCAAGAACAAUUGGAAUCAUUUCUUAUUACAGCUGAACUUUUAGAAGUUAAGGGUUUGACUGAUAAUGCGGAAGAAGAACCGUCCAAAGCUCACUUAAGAAUGAGUGAUGCUUCUUUAGAUUUAAGUUCUAAAUCAAGUAGAAUUACUGAAGAAAUUGUCCCUGUACCUGUUGUAAUGGAUGAACCGAUAAAUUUAGCAACAAUCCAAAAUGCUCGUGAUGAGUACAUUCCACAAACAAAUGUAGCACCGAAUAUGCCAGACCAAGACAGUGAGUCUGUAGAAGUAAUUCAUCCGCCAAUUUCUAAAGUUGAGGAAAGUGUGACCACCCGACCAAAAGCAAUGGAACGAACAACCACAGAGGAGAUGCAAGUUGAUAAUCAGUCAACAUCUGCCGAGGAUUUAUCAGAGAAAAAUAAUUCUGAAUCAGAUUUGGCGAAAUUUCGUUGCCAGUUAUGUCCAAAAGGUUUCAAGCAUCCAACAUCAUUGACAUUGCACAAAGACUCACAUGCGGGUAAAACUCAGUGUCCUGUUUGUCACAGGUCAUUCUCCAGAUCCUAUGACAUGAGGAGUCACCUGCAAAGAAUACAUCAGGGAAAACAACUGACUAUUAAAGAGAUAAGAUAUAAGAGCAACAAUGACAAUGUUGGAACUAAGCAAUUUACUCAUCAUAUUUAAUUAUUAUAUUUACAAUAACAUUAGCACAUAGUGCAAAAUGCCUCUAAAGAUUUAAGCAAAUGUUGUAAUUUACAAUGUCUAUAGAUAAAAUGUUGUAUACAUAUAAUUAGGUAAGGCAUGUGGUGCCUUCUUAACUCUAUUGUUGUAUAAGUCGUUCAUAAUGGAAUAUAUUUUAUUUACUAUGUUUAAGUCACAAAUCUUGCUCAGUGCUGUAGCUUUGGCUAUUUUUAUACUAGUCUGUAACAAUAUGAUUAUUAUUGUUUUAA